CUUCGCUCUGGGGGGCGUGGCCAGCUGCGCCGCUGCCUGCAGCACUCGGGCUGCCUGUAUGCAUUGGCGCGCGAGCUGUUCGGCGCUGCGAAGCUGCUGGGCUCGUGGAGAUGCUGCAGUAGCGGCGGCGUUGGCGUUGGCUCGGAAGCCUUUUGCUGCUGCUGCUUCAUUCAUGGUCGCAGGAGGGGUUGCCGUGGCUUCCGCAGCCGCCUUCUCUUGCCCAGGACCAGCCUGUGAUGACCCCGGGCGUAUUUCGGGCUGUUUGAACGGCGGCGGCGGGGGGGAAAGGGGUGCUUGAUGAAAGCGAUGUCUCCCCAACAGGAUCACAUCGGGCAGGGGCGCUCUUCCUCCCUGACCGGAGGGUCCCGGCUCUCCGUAGCUUCCGACGCCAGCAAGAAAAUGAAGAGCUUGGCCCAAAGGCGUCAAUCGGCACCAUCCUUGGUUCUCAGCAAAGCGCUGACCAAGUCCAGAACAAGUGUCAGGGAAAGUUGCUUCUCUCCCAUCAGUCCAGAGACAUGUCCGCUGGUGCAGUCCUUCCUUUGUCCCAGCAGAACAUUCCUUAUGGAUGGACAUGUGCAGCUGAAGACGGGCCUGCAGACCCAGGAGCGACACCUUUUCCUCUUUACAGAUAUUCUUGUGGUCGCCAAACCCAAGUCACACUUGCAUUUCAAACUGAAGAGCCAGGCGCGUCUCUGUGACAUGUGGACAGCUUCUUGCCUGGAAGAGGUCUGUGAGGGUAGCACUGACCUGGAGAAGUCUUUUGUUUUAGGAUGGCCCACCACCAACUGUGUUGCCAGCUUCAGUUCCAUCGAGCAGAAAGAGAAGUGGCUUACUUUCCUACAAAGCCGUAUCAAGGAAGAGAAGGAAAAAGACUAUCCCAAGAGCAUUCCGUUGAAAAUCAUUGCAAAGGAUAUUGGAAGCUGUGCAUAUUCAAAAACCUUAACCAUAAACAACACAGACACAGCAAGUGACAUAGUCCUCAUGGCCUUGCAGCAACUUGGAAUCAACGGCUCUGAAAAAGAAUAUCAGCUUUGGGUGAAUUCCGGUAGAGAAGAUGCUCCAUAUCCCCUUAUUGGACACGAGUAUCCAUUCGGAAUUAAAAUGAGCCACAUUCGUGACACUUUGCCUCAGACCCAGGAAUCAAAGGACUGCGUCUGCCCUCUGGAAGUUCAGGAGGCCAUCCUAAUUGAGCAGCUGCCCCGUGAGCGCCAGUGCCAGUUUGUAAUCAAGCCAAGGCGCCUGGCCACUGGCCAUGAGCUGAAUGAGUGUAGCCAAAAGCCACUUAAAAGGAAAAGAUCCACUAUAAACUGGGCCUUCUGGCGGGGUGCAGAAGCUCCUCCUUCCCCAACGUCUGCCCAAGGGAAACUAUUUGGACACCCUCUGCCAGACAAGCUGCCCAAGCCAAUCUUUGACAUGCUUUCUUUCCUGAACCAAGAGGGGCCUUUCACUGAGGGCAUUUUCCGACGUUCUGCAAGUGCAAAAUCUUGCAGAGAGCUAAAGGAGAAGCUUGAUUCGGGAGCUGAAGUGAACUUACUCAGCGAGUCCAUUUUGGUGAUAGCCUCUGUGCUUAAGGAUUUUUUGCGCAAUAUCCCAGGCAGCGUUUUCUCAUCCCAGCUCUGUGAUCAGUGGGUUUCCUUAAUGGAUGAAGGGAACGAUGAAGAGAAGAUAAAAAGCACCCACAGGCUAAUGGAACAACUACCUGGAGCCAAUGUGAUGCUGCUGCGUUACCUGUUUGGAGUCCUACACAGCAUAGAAAGGCAGUCUGAAGACAAUAAGAUGACUGCGUUCAAUUUAGCAGUGUGCAUUGGACCCAGCUUACUCUGGCUACCGGCUGCCACAAACUCUUGGACUGAAGAAGAAUUCACCAUGAAAGCUUCUGUCCUCAUAGAGUUUAUGAUUCAAAAUGGAAGCAGGAUUUUUGGGGAUGAAAUUAAUUACAUCUUUGCAGCCAUGAUGCCCCAAAAUGACAACCAAGAAGAUAGUUCAGAUCUCUCUUCUGUUCGUCUGCAUGACUCCUCAUCCGACAGUUUGGAAAAUGAAUUGAAUGACUGCGCAAACCUCAAUAAAAAAGAGGAGGGGAGCAAAGAGGUGGUGUCCCUGAGUGACAUAGAUUUGGACCUACUGGAAGCAGAGGAUCCCCAAAUCCGCUGCACCUCAUCAGGAGAGCACUCUGAAAGUGAGUCUGGGUAUUCAUCAACACCCAUUUCUGAUGCUCUCGAACCGCCUUCUCCCACCACCUCCACUUAAGUUGAAUAUUUGCCCAAGGGUGAGCUUAUCAUCCCUGGGCACUUUCCCUUCAGGGUCUUCAAUGAGCUCCCAAGAUAGUGUUGAGAACUCAUUGAAGACCCUGAAGGGGAAGCACCCAGGGAUAAUAAGCUCACCCUUGAGCAAAUAAGUGGCGGUGGUGGGAGAAGGCGGUUCGAUGCAUCUCUCUUUUCACUGCUAUGGCUUUCUGGAUCGUCUUUGCCCACAUCAAUCCCCAUAACCCCAUGACCUUUCACAAAUCUUCUGCCAAGUUGCCAACCAAAUCUCAGCCAGUGCUCAUUUCUCCGGGCUGCCGCCACAAAUCUCCAUCAGGAGAGCACUCUGAUGCAUCUACAGAUGCAUCAGAGUGCUCUCCUGAUGGAGAUUUGUGGUGGAUUUGGGGAGGGGUGUCCUCUGCUUCCGGCGGGUCCAAAUCAGUGUCACUCAGGGUCAACAUGGAGUCCCUACUCCUGUUCUCUUGAUCUCAUUUUUAAGAUGCAUCAGAGUGCUCUCCUGAUGGAGAUUUGUGGCGGAUAUGGGGGGGGGGUCAUUGAUGGAAACUUAAAUGAAACUCUGCCUGAGUUAAGGAAACCCACUGAUCACAGAGCUGGGGUGAGAAAUAUAAGGAACUCUGCUCUUUUCACUGCUAUGGCAAAUAUUCAAUGUAAGUGGAGGUGGUAAAAUGCACAAUCGAGAGGAAAGGAGAAGUCAUUUUCUUCAGCCAUAAAAGGACAUACCCAGACUCGCUUUCAGAGUGUUCUCCUGAUGAGGUGCAGCAGAUUUGGGGGGUCCUCUGCUUCUGCAAUAUGACACCAUGGCAGUCCAAGAGUCAUAAAGGCAAAAUGCCACAGACAUUUCCACACUUUCUUGGGGAUCCACCUUGGAUCAGAGGUUGGCUCUUCCCCUGGCCUGCGUGAAGAGAGUCUGGAGUGGCCUCCUCACAAAAACCCCGCUCGUCUCCACCGCAGCAUGUGGCUAAAAAGCAGAGCCUCCACCAUGGAACGAGAAAAAGAACUGUCCCGUUAAAAUAACCUUGGAGUCACAAGCGUAUCCUUUGGAUGCCAGGAGAGUAGUUCUUCUGAGGGAGCUGGGCAGCUCAGCAGCCUUUCCUUUAGACACUUAUCCUUGACUCUUGAUUUUAAGGCAGAGUUUUGGUCAGUCUGGGAUCCAUAGCUAUGGUAUCGUAUUGCUCUUUCGAAGCUCCAAGGUGUUUGGUCCAAUGGAAGUCAAGGAUAAGUGUCUCUUCAAAAAAGGGAAAGAGCCUCCAAGCAGGAAGUGUCCAGCUUUUCAUGGUGGAGGCUCCGCUUUUUAGCCACAUGCUGGGGUGGAGAUGAGCAGGGCUUUUGUGAGGAGGCCACUCCAGACUCUCUUCACGCAGGCCAGGGAAAGAGCCAACCCCUGAUCCAAGGUGGACCACCAAGAAAGUGUGGAAACAUCUCUGGCAUUUUGCCUUUAUGACUCUUGGAUUGCCAUGGUGUCACAUUGCAGAAGCAGAGGACCCCCCCCCCCCAAAUCCACCACAAAUCUCCAUCAGGAGAGCACUCUGAUGCAUCUACACUCACCUCAGAUGGAUCAAACCGCCUUCUCUCACCAUCUCCAUUUCUUUUCUGUCAGAAACUGUACGAUGACAGAAGCCCUCAAGCAAAGAAAAAUAGUUGUGAAAACCACCUAGUUUAUUACAAAGCUCCAACUGGCUCCUCCCUCGGCAGGUCCACCCUCAAGAAGUUCCUCUUGUUCCUCCCAUUAUAACAUUCUAUAUAUCACAUCUGCCUUAAGAGAAACUCUUGAUUCUACAGCACUUGCAAAUAAUUAUACACGUGCUUGUGAUUCAGUUUUUCUCUGAUCCAUUCCUGUACAUUCGAAACAUUUAUUUUAAGGCCGUUUCACUCUUAAGGCAGAGUUUCGUUUAAGUUUCCAUCAAUGACCCAUUGACCAUCAGUGCUGAAGACAGCACCUGGCUUGGGUCUAUGUUCAGCACUUCGAUUAAGGGAGGAAGGCUGCCUUUUAGGGGAAGGGGGAAACGAAGAGCUUUCUUCCUCUUCCCCUUCCUUGCUUUGCUCAGCCAAAAGCUCCAAGGUGUAUGGCCCACUCUGAAAAUGAGUCUCUGUGCUCCACAUCAGGCUAUGCAUCUACACCCAUCUCUGAUGGAUCGAACUGCCUUCUCUCACCACCUCUACUUAUUUGCUCAAGGGUGAGUUUAUUGUCCCUGGCCACCUCCCCUUCAGGGUCUUCAAUGAGCUCUCAACACCAUCUCUCUGUUCACUGCUAUGGCUUUCUGGAUCAUCUUUGCCCACAUCAAUCCCCAUAACCCCAUGACCUUCCACAAAUCUUCCACAACAAAUCAAGUUGCCAAGCAAAUCUCAGCCAGUGUCCAUUUCUGUGGGCUUCCGCCACAAAUCUCCAUCACGACAGCACUCUGAUGCAUCUACACCCAUCUCAGAUGGAUUGAAGACCCCCGCUCUCUUUUCACUGCUAUGGCAAAUAUUCAGUGUAAGUGGAGGUGGUAAAAUGCACAAUCAAGAGGAAAGAAGAAGUCAUUUUCUUCAGCAAAAAAAAGGGACAUUUUUAAUUGAAGCAUAAAUCCUGCCCUCCUAUAACUUACAACUCCCAAGUUUCGUGUGCAUCUCCUUAUUGUGUUUAAUUUGGAUAUUACAUUUUUCUUUCCCUUGUGAAUUGUAUUUAGGAUUGUAUAAUAUAUAUUGAUAAAACUUUGCUAUUGUAUAUGUUCUGAAAUAAAUGUGUAUUUUUGUACUUGCAAAAAACGCUGCUAACUUUUUGGGUGGUUUGGGCUCUGGUGGUGAUGUGUAUCCAUUGAGUAGUGUAUUUUGAAAUAAAUAUAACAUUUUUGCCAUAAAGCUGCUGGGAUGAAAA